UUCUCCCCACUAUCUAGGCACCGGUGGCUAACGGUCCUCGAUUCCAGAGCCACACCGCUGCAAACGAUGCUCCGUCCUCCUUCGACCCCAGCUACGACGAUCAUUCCUACCGACGCUAUUCCCCCCGAAUGGCGGGUUCCGACCUUGAGCGUACCCCAGAAGGAAUCCCCACAGCCCGCACACCCGAAACAGCUCAACCGACACACAUUAAGAAACCGCGUAUAAGUGAGGACGAGAAGAGGUUGCUUCCUGACUACGGCGUUCCACCGGAUAGCACUGCACUCCCUACCCCCGAGCAGUUUGCUUACCCUCCAUUACCCAAUAUGAGGCCUGCCAAGCCCGGACAAGGCCAAUCCUACAAGCCGCUAGAUACGAUAACUCCUGGUGCAUCCACUCCCGCUCGCAAACCGUCCGUGAGGACAUAUGGCAACCAGAAGAGAACGUCAAUGUAUGAAGGGCAACGGAAAUUCAUAGAACAGAAGGCAAACUUCGGUCAAUUGGGACCACCAUCCGCGUUCUCGAAUACCAGCAAUGACUCCUCGAGACCUAGCAAGCGGAGAAAGACGUCAAACGACUCACUCGCGUCCCACGACAUCAUAACUCUGGACGAUGAUGAACCCGCGCCCGCCUUCUGCCAAGAUGGCAGAAACGAAGCCUCAGAUAUACUCAGAAGAUCCGCCUCCCUGGUGCCUAGAUCUCAGCGCAGUACAGGUCAUAUUAGCGGUUCACAGGCCAGAUCUGGUCGUUUUCCAGUCAGCAGCUUCCAACAAACGAAUCAGAUCAGCGAACCGCGCCGGAAAAAGCCGAGGAGACAGUCACAGCAUUCGUCUGCAACACCGCUUGUUGAUGCGACCCCCUUCGCCAUCAACGCAGAACGCGCAGGACAUGGAUUGCCUUCGCAUGAGCCAGCAAGGAGGAUGAGCGCAAGCGCCACGUUAUCCGGACUGCUUGCCUCGUUACCCAAGCAGGCGUCAGACGAUGAAUUGCACUUGGGGGAAGCGGUGACGACAUCUAGGCACUUUGCUCCCAAUCUCAAUGGCUCGAAUCGUAAUAGCCCUUCCUCGCGGCGCCGACCUGGGACUGGAUCCGACAUACAAGGCACUCGUAGGCAACAGCCCCGUAACCUUCGAGACACAUUUAGACGAGUUCCCGAGUCGGGAGUCAAUGACGAUGUGGAUGAGCUGGGAGAGAUGUGGCCGCCUCGACCUGAUCCGAUUCGGAGUACUAACAUGAAGCAUACUGAGUCUGUUCAACAGACGACGUCGUAUGGAAAACGGAGGUUUAAGGAACAGUCCAGCCCUGGCUGGCGCUUAGAGUACGUUCGCUCAUAUGAUGUCCAUGAAGCUGGCGACGACCUCAUGUUGGUGCCGAAACCGGACGGCCUCUUUCAAAUCCAGAAAACAGUGAAGCUGGGGGACGUCGAUAUGGUUGCCACCAUCGAUAUGACGAAAGUCAAUGUUGCUGUUCAUGACAGUGUGUCACGUGUCCGUCUGAAAGGAUCAAGGUCGAACGCCACUGGCGACGUGUAUUGGUUCGACCUGGAGUUUGCGAAGAGCGAGAAGUUUGGGGAUUUCUGCCACACGGUUGUAGCUCCAGCAUGUCAAAAAGUGGUGACGAAGGACGCUACAUAUAUGGAAUCGCUUUUCAGUAAACCUUUGAAAAGCAGCAUGAUACACCAUGAGCAGGCACCAACCGCAGCCAAAGUGCCAUCAGUUACUGGGAAUGGGGUACAUCAGCCUCCACAUCCCAGGCCGUCUUUGAUUGGGCAACUGGCCCCUCGCAAAGAUGAUCGGAGUGUUGAGGAAAUACCUCGUCCAAAAGCAGACCGCGCACAGAUGGCAACAAGGGAAUGGCCUAAUUCCGCAAGGCUUCGGCCUGCGCGAAUUACGCGGAAUAGUCAAGCCACCUAUAUCGAUGACCCAGACAAUUAUAGUCCUAGCGUGCAUGGAAAAGAGGUACGGAAAUUCUCCGAAAUUCAUGGGUUGGGCGGACGUUGGCCUAAGCCCGUGACAUACCAAUCAGGCCGUCGUCGUGCAGUUGUAAACUUUGACGAUCUGUUGCGUCUGGAUGAGGGGGAAUUUUUGAACGACGCUUUGAUUGAUUUUUACAUGAUAUAUGCAUUCGAACAAGCCAAGGUACCGCCUAGCAAAGUAUAUUUCUUCAAUACUCACUUCUAUACGACCCUUACGCGACCCGUCAAGGGCCAAAAGGGUCUGAUAAAUUAUGAAGGCGUAAAACGCUGGGCCAAAGAGGAUAUAUUCAGCUAUGACUAUAUAGUGGUCCCUGUCUGUGAGGAGUAUGUAUAUUGCUAAACUUUGGCAACCGGCAUUAACAUGUGUGUAGCUCUCAUUGGUACCUCGCGAUCAUAUGCAACGUCUCCAAUAUCUCCCGCAAGCCAAGCAUUGAAGGUUUGGAGGAUAUCUCUCCGGCGCCACCCCCUCCAUUUAACGGUGACAACGACAACACAACUACCAUUGACUCCGAAGGGGCAGCCGAACAAGUACGACCACCGCCUCCGGCAACCACACCACCGUCCGCGAACAGAAUUGUAGAUUGUGAGCUAGGCGACGACGAGAAUUUGUUUGAUGAAGAGCAACGAAAACUAAAUGAUCAGAAAC